UUGGUCGGUCGCAACAGCAGCCAAUCGCGAGGGAGGGGGCGGGAGAAGAGCGGGCUGAGUUGGGGUCUGCACCGGGAGGUUCAGCCGCUCCUCCUCCGACUCACUUCGGGUCGCCUUCGCCGCAGGAUCCCGGCGCGGAGAAUCCGGAUCUUCGCCGCUCCACAAAAUGGCCGCCUAGCAACCACCGGAGGGGAGAGCGGCCAUUUUGAUCCUCCGACCGGCAGCCCGGCGAGCGCAGCGAUUGGCCGAGUGCGGUCGCCCGCCCACCUUCCGGCUCUGCUGAGCGGUCGGCAGGUGGAGAGCUUUCGGGGUCAAAUCUGCACUGAUGCCAUCCUGCUGAUCUCCAGCCACCUGCCCAACAAACUCAUGGAGCUGGACAACUUACUCCGGGCCGACCUGUUCAACGUCUCGGACCUGUCGCUGGUCCACGCCGAGUUGGAUAUCCCGAUCCCGGAUCCACCCAAGAACGAGGAGGAGGACGAGGGGAAGGAGAAAAAGAAGGAGAAACCUCCAAAGUGCGGGUUACAGAAGCCCAACGAGAAGAUCGUGGCCCUGGUCCAGCGGGUGAAGCCAGAGCUCAGGUCACUGAAGGAGGCGUGCAUCCUGCUCACCACUUGGAUCACCUACCUGAUCCCCAAGAUCGAGGACGGCAACGACUUUGGUGUCGCAGUGCAGGAGAAGAUUCUGGAACGUAUUGGAGCCAUCAAGACCAAGGUGGAGGGAUUCCAGACCGCCAUCACCAAGUACUUCACCGAGCGAGGGGACGCAGUGGCCAAAGCUUCCAAGGACACCCACGUGAUGGAUUACCGCCAGCUGGUGCACGAGAAGGACGAAGCUGCCUACCUGGAUAUCAGGACGAUGAUCAUGGACGUCAGAGGAUACUACAUCGAGCUGCUGGAUUUGAUCACCAAGAACGCGGAGAAGGUCACCAGUCCCAAGGGAGAGGAGAAGUCCUACUCCAUGUACUGAGGGGAUCUCUGCGAGGGAGGGGCUGCCCGGUCGGUCACGGCCAGCGGAGGACAGGAUCCUGCCUCGGUCUGUGGUCCCGCGCACUGUCACCACCCCCCCCCAACACCUGUGGCCUUGUCUGUUAUGUUGUGUCAGGUAUUAAUAAAGUAAGUUUAUUAUUUGAGUACAGAA